AUUUCAUUUCUAUUUGCCGUUUAGAACGUAGAGCGAGCAGUCUGCUCAUUUCACUUUUCUUCCACUCCCGUCGCGGUACUCGGUCAAGUUGCGCAUGCGUUAUUUUAGAGACGAUCAAUUUCGUAAUCUCACAAAACGUGAACAGAAAAAAUUAAUUUAAUUGUUCCAUUUGAAAAGAAAAAAAAAAUUUUCUGUGGAAACUAAAAAAAAGAAAUAAAUAAAGUGGAAAUAUUGUAAAACGAAAAAAAAAAAAACAAAGUGUAAGAAAAUAUAAGAAAACCAAAGCAAAAUGGUGAAUAACAUGCAGAAUAAUGCGUUUGAAACGGAAUCAAAAAUUCAAAGUUUUUUCCGCAACAAAAAAGUGUUUGUCACCGGCGGUACUGGAUUUUUGGGAAAAGUAUUCAUUGAGAAGCUACUGCGUACCACAGAUGUUGGACGGGUUUAUGUGCUGGUUCGUGCCAAACGUGGCACUACUGCCACAGAUCGUAUGAAGAAGAUACUGGAAGAUCCACUCUUUGAAAAAUUACAUGAGUUGCGGCCGAAUCCCAUGAAAUAUAUCAAAACCAUUGAAGGUGAUUGUACUUUACCCAAAUUGGGUAUUUCCGCUGAAGAUCGCAAAGAACUAAUCGACGAGGUAAAUGUGGUAAUGCAUUGUGCGGCGACGGUGCGUUUCAAUGAACCCCUCAGCAAUGCAACACAAAUCAAUGUGGCAGCGACUCAAGAUCUUCUGGACAUGGCCAAGGAAAUGAAGAAUUUGAAGGCCUUCGUUCAUGUUUCCUCGGCUUUCGCCAAUUGUGUUGUCAUCGAUGCCGAAGAGAAAUUCUACACGGAACAUUUGGGUAUAACCAGUGAAAAGUUGCUGAGUCUUAAAGAAAGACUAGGAAGUCAGGCUUUGGAUGCAAUGGAAAAAGAAUUGGUUGGACAAUUCCCCAACACUUAUUGUUACACCAAAUCAGUGGCCGAAGAGGCAGUGCAAAAAUGUGGCAACUCUAUACCAAUUUGCAUAUUUCGACCAGGAAUAAUUUUAGCCGUAAGUGAUGAACCUAUACCAGGUUGGGUCGACAAUUUAUAUGGACCCAACAGUAUUGUCUAUGGCUGUGCUUAUGGAGCGCUGCGAGUGAUGUAUGCCAGGCCGGAUCAAAACGCUGCCUAUGUGCCUGUGGACUAUUGUGCCAACAUGAUGAUGGCAUGUGCAUGGGAGACGGCCACAUCCAUUAUACAGAAUCCACCCAAGGAGCCCCGCAUCUACACGUUGGUGCCACACAAAAACAAUGAAUUGGACUGGGGCACCUUCAAACAUUAUGCCGUCGAACAUGGUUUCAAAAUGCCUUUGCCUAACAUGAUCUGGUAUCCAAUGCUGCUGUUUGCCGAAACUUACAUUGGAUAUAGUCUACUCACCCUAAUUUAUCACACCUUGCCGGGAUAUUUGAUUGACUUGGUUCUGCUGUUAAUGGGUAAACCCAUGAGGAUGACCAAGACCUAUAAGAAGAUUCACAGCCAGUGUGCCAUGUUGCGUUACUUUUUGGCCUUUGAUUUCACCUUUGACAUGAAGAAUUGUUACAACCUCUGGGAUUCAAUGUCGCCGGAAGAUCAAAAACUGUAUAACUUCGAUAUGGCCAAUUUGGUGUGGAGUAAAUAUUUCUAUGACAAUAUAUCGGGUAUGCGAAGAUUUGUGGCCAAACAGGAUCCCGCAUCAAUACCAGAGGGCAAGAAGAAGUUGAAAAUAUUCGGCACCCUUAACAUCAUUGUCCAUGUUUUGUUUAUUGGCGGAUUCUUGUGGCUGACAUGGAGUCUUUUAAAAUUCAUUUUCCUGUAGUUCCUAAAUGUAAUUAGUUAUCUUGUAAAAAAAAUACGAAUCAUUCGAGGUGUUCCUUUCAGGGGUUAUAUUCAUAUUUCAUAACCAUACUUUAGUUAGUAAGAAUCUUAGAAAA